AUGCUACCGUACAGUUCGUACGCGGCAGCGAUACAACAAAUUCAGAGCCUUAACCACGAGCUGGCAAUGUUCAACCACCACGGAGUCCGCUACGGACAGCACCCCGACCCGGGUGUGGCCACCCUGGGUGGUUCAUACUUUGGGCUGAACAACUGGUCGCUGCCGUUUUCGUUCCUGAAGUCCGUCCACCGGCCGGAAAAGCCACCCUUUUCCUACAUUGCGUUGAUUGCGAUGGCCAUCAGCAGUGCCCCGGACCAGCGGUUGACAUUGAGCGGUAUCUACAAGUACAUCAUGGAUAAUUUCCCGUACUACCGUGAAAACCGCCAGGGUUGGCAGAACUCCAUCCGCCACAACCUUUCGCUGAACGAUUGCUUCAUCAAGGUGCCGAGGGAUAAGGCGUCCGGAGCCAAGGGUGGGGGCGGUCAGCAAGCGGACGAUCCAUCGGGUGGAUCCGACGGUGUCGCAGGUGGGGCCGCCGGCAAAGGCAGCUACUGGAUGCUGGACCCGUCGGCGAACGAUAUGUUCGAGCAGGGCAAUUACCGCCGCCGGAGAACGCGCCGCCAGCGGAAUGCCAAAAUGAUCCUGAACGGCCACUUUCAGGGCUCGCCGUUUGCAUUAGCAUUUCCGCCGGCGGGACCUCCGGUGGAUUUUAUGGGCCCGUCGUCAUCCGUCGUGCACCUGCAGCAGGAGAGCAUCGGGUCGAGGGAACACCGGCACGACGCCUCCGAUCUCCAUCAUCUGAUAGUGCGCAAUGAUUUGAUCCAGCAGGUCGACCUGGCGGAUCCGGCGUCGGUGCUGCUCGGCGCCGCCGGGUGCUACCAUCCGGCCUUUGGCCACGGACCAUCGUCUACGUCGGCGGCAUUGCUGCGGCGUUGCUCCGGGAUGCCGCCUCCGUCAUCGCCGGAUGGUUCGUCCACCGCUUCAGCCGGGCUUUCAUUAGCGGGAACUGCCGGCGAUAACGGAAGUGUGCACGGUGAAGACCAAUUGGGUAGGGGAUGGAUGCAGGAAUCCGAUUUUGAAACUUCUUCUUCAGCCGCAGACGCUGUGGGGAAUCGAAGGACGAGAUCCCCUGAAGAAACGGACAUUCAAGGAGUCAGUGAAGAUUUGAACUGUAUUCUGGAGGAAGCCGAUUUUGGACAACCACGCAGGGAGAGUCUCUCCAAUGGUGUCGCAAUGGACGAUGGUGAGGCGCAGCGAGCAGUAAAUAGUGAAAAUGCACAUACUUCAAGACAUCGACGCAAGCGUUCCCCAAAAAGUGUUAAUUACUGGAGUCAAUCAACGCCCAACUUCGGCUCAAAUCAGCUGGAUGCGUUUUUACUGAACGAACUUAGUAGCCUGAGAGUGAAAGGCUGCGAUGUAGCUACAUCCUUGUACGCCAUCCCUGAAGGUCGAUCAAGUUCCGACCGUUCCGGACCUUUUACAGCCGCACACUCGGCGUUAGGAUUUACAACCCACGAGUUGCAAGGAACUCCACCGUUGAAGCCCACCUUCCCGAAACAAACCAUCGGUGUGGAGUCGAGGACAUCCUCGGCGACACCUUCCUCGGCGACAUUGGCGUCUCUCGAGCGGCUGGUGACAGGUACCGGGAAUGAUGCGAAUGUAAACAGCCCCCCAACGGCAGCAGGCAACGGAUGUCCGCUCGGUACGGAUAGUCCAAAAGCGUCCACCAUCCCGACCGAUUGCUGCGGAAAGGGGACGAAGGUUGGCGGUUUAAAGUCGAGCAACUUCACCAUCGAAAGUAUCAUGCGGCGGGACUAG